GGCUGUUGAUAUCAAUAUGGCGGUUGUCAGCCAGACAAAGACAGUCAGUCUGAUGUGAUUGAGACAAGGGAGGUUUUCAGGGGGAGACUGGGAGAUAGGGGCCUCCCCUCCCCCUUCUCCUCUUCCUGCGCGGACCUCAACCCCUCCCCAGACCCCUCCCGACAGGCGCCCCACGCGGAAGACACCCCUCCCCCUCCCGCUUUCCCUUCCUCCCUAUCUCAGCCCUUCGUACCGGGACGUUGGGGAGGGGGCUGUGCCGAGCGGAGAGAACUCAGCGACGAUUCCGAGUUUGUUGGAAACCAUGUCUCACUAUACGGAUGAACCCAGAUUUACCAUAGAGCAGAUAGACCUGCUUCAGCGCCUCCGGCGUACUGGAAUGACUAAACAUGAAAUUCUCCAUGCCUUGGAAACUCUGGACCGCCUAGAUCAAGAGCAUAGUGACAAGUUUGGAAGAAGGUCCAGCUAUGGAGGAAGCUCCUACGGGAAUAGUACCAACAAUGUUCCAGCAUCUUCCUCUACAGCCACAGCUUCCACCCAAACCCAGCAUUCGGGAAUGUCCCCAUCGCCUAGCAACAGUUACGACACCUCCCCACAGCCUUGCACUACCAAUCAAAAUGGGAGGGAGAAUAACGAGCGAUUAUCCACAUCCAACGGGAAGAUGUCCCCCACUCGCUACCACGCAAACAGCAUGGGCCAGAGAUCGUACAGUUUUGAAGCCUCAGAAGAGGACCUAGAUGUAGAUGAUAAAGUGGAGGAAUUAAUGAGGAGGGACAGCAGUGUGAUAAAAGAGGAAAUCAAAGCCUUUCUUGCCAAUCGGAGGAUUUCCCAAGCAGUUGUUGCACAGGUAACAGGUAUCAGUCAGAGCCGGAUCUCUCACUGGCUGUUACAACAGGGAUCAGACCUGAGUGAACAGAAGAAAAGAGCAUUUUACCGAUGGUAUCAACUUGAGAAGACAAACCCUGGGGCUACAUUAAGUAUGAGACCGGCCCCCAUUCCAAUAGAGGACCCAGAAUGGAGACAAACGCCUCCCCCAGUUUCUGCCACAUCUGGAACCUUCCGACUACGACGAGGGAGUCGAUUUACCUGGAGAAAGGAGUGCCUGGCUGUCAUGGAAAGUUACUUCAAUGAGAAUCAAUACCCAGAUGAAGCAAAGAGAGAAGAAAUUGCAAAUGCUUGCAAUGCAGUUAUACAGAAGCCAGGCAAAAAACUGUCAGAUCUGGAACGAGUUACCUCCCUGAAAGUAUAUAAUUGGUUUGCUAACAGACGGAAGGAGAUCAAGAGAAGAGCCAAUAUCGAAGCAGCAAUCCUGGAGAGUCAUGGGAUAGAUGUACAGAGUCCUGGAGGCCAUUCCAACAGCGAUGACGUCGACGGAAAUGACUACUCAGAGCAGGAUACUUGGCAAGUACGCAAUGGGGAGGAGGAGGAGGGAAGAAGUUCAGAGGGAGGCAGAGAAGCAGAGAAGGAUGACAGCACUAGCCAUAGUGACCACCAAGACCCCAUCUCAUUAGCAGUGGAAAUGGCAGCAGUCAACCACACGAUCUUGGCCUUGGCCCGACAAGGAGCCAACGAAAUCAAGACAGAGGCCCUGGAUGACGACUGAUGAGGGAGGGGUAAACACGAGGCAUUAACUUAGUUUAGACGUAGCACCUUAGCAGACUUUCCUCGGUCUUUAACAUGUGUUCUUACAGUAUAACUUGCAGUUUCUUGUAUGUCAGUUAGCCGUUAGGGUCUUCUUGUUCUGUGAAGAUGGCAUGGUGCCCUCAGCCUUUGCAUAUACUCUCUCAGUAUUAACUCCCAGUAAAUAAUAACCAACCAACCAACCAACCAACCAACCAACCAAACUUCCCCCUCCCAGCCCCCGAGGCUAGAAAAUCUUGCUGCUCUGUCUUAGCAUUCCAAGAAAGUGCUUCCAGGUAUUUAGAUAGCCCUCAGUUCUCAAAUAUUAGGCUACAUGUAAAACCUUGGGUACUUUUGGAUCCCUGUAACACUAGUCUGUACCCCUUUUCCUUCCCUCAGACUGAUAGGAUGCAAGCUGAGGUAGUGUGGCCCCGGACUGACAGACACCAUUUGAGGAGUAUCCGCAGAGUAAAAGGAACACUAGACUCCCCACCUCCGUGUGGGAAUAAUUGAUUUCCAGCUGCAAUAAGCCGUGCCUCAUAAUAGUCACACUGUGGCUAGAUUAUACUUCUUUGGGUGCUGUGCUAAGAAUGUCAAUGGGAAAACUCAAUCUCAGAUUUUGGUUGAUGUUAACAUGCCUGACACAGACAUCCUUUCCUCUCACAAGCUGUGUGACUUAGUAGAUAAAAUACUGCCUUCUGCCUUUGGGACCAUGAUUAAAACAAACAAAAAAAAAGAUAAAAAUGAAAGUCAUAAAAAAAAAAAAAAAGAAAGGAAAGAAAGAAAAAGAAAAAACCCAGCGUGACAGGCAUUGGGAAAAAAACAUGAGCUGAAUGUGUCUAAUGGACGCUAAGUCCAGUUCUCAGAACCACUGUACAGUGUCUGUGGCCCAGGUACGUGCCUGUCUAGAAAAGUGCUGGAGGUCAUCAUGGAAGCAAGCAAGCCGCUUUGCCUCCUGUCUGGGUCCCCUUUCCCUGCUACCAAAAACAGUCUUUCAAGAAUGGAGCUAAGGUCAGAAAUGAGUGAACGAACUUCCAGUGUUUGUAUCCAUUAACUGAAGCCCCCUCGCUGUGAGGGUGACAGAGGACUUUAUAGUGGGAUUAUGCUGACUGACUAUCACAAAUGCAAAUGCUUUCCUAAACAGGAGCAGAAAAAAAAAUGGGACAUUCACCACGUUAAGUGGUGGGUCUGCGAGAUACGACGGGGUGUGACUGCUUUGGUGUUCUCUUUACUCUGUCCUUGUCGAGGUGUGAAAAGCUAUAUUGCUACAGGCAAUUUAUUUAAUAAUUGGAAGCCAUAUUGAUAAUGGAUGUGGUAAUAUUUGUAAAGUUUAAUCUACUUUAAGCGGCAGUAACUAAUGGAAUUUUUUUCCUUGAUCACAUAUGUAGCACUUUUGUUACUUUUUAAAGAUAUUUAUAUUUGAUAAAUCUUUUUUUCAUUUUGAGAACUCAAAAUACCAAACAGUGAACUUGCGUUAUAAAGUCACCCUGUGGUCACCUUGUCAUCUAGUAGCAAAAUGAUGAACUAUUCAUGCAUCAAAGAAAAUUACAUCUGCUGGCCUUGUAUGAAAAUGAUCUCCUGGCAUCCCGAUUAAAUGACAGGCUGUCACUGUGGGUGAGAGGAAACAGCCCUCAGUGUAUCAGCAAAGGGUGUGUCUGCAAGAGGCACAACUGCUGUACGUUUUCCGCCUCUUUCCAUCUCGCCUUUUCGUGUACAAUGAAGCCUUGUUUAAAGGGGAGUAGGGGGCUGGCUAGUAAGCAGGACUUCUGUCUGUCCAUUACCUGAAAACGAUUUCCAAGAUAGAAGGAAGGUGCCAUUUCCUUACCUCCUCACCCCUCAAAUGUAUUCAUCUUAAAACCAUUGAGAGAGAGUGAGACUUACUUUGUCUUCGUUUGCCCUUUCCCGUUAGUGAGCUAUUGCAUGUCCGCCAGUUUUCAGCUGGUCUAACUCCACUGAAGGCGCCUGCUGACGAGACUGUCUCUGUAUCUGUUAAUCCUACUUAACGUCAGUGUGAGGAAGCCUUUGGGAGGGCAUGCAAGUGCCACCUUGUAUGGGUCUGUGACUUUAAAGAGCUGUCGGCAGGGCCGAGGCCUGCUCUUGUCCAUGGAUUUCAGGGGGAAAUUGUAUAUACUUUCUCAGCUUCCAAGAACUGAAGUAGAACGGAGCAGUCUUUUCUGUUUUACUGUAUUACUUGAACCAACAAAUUCAAGAGUAGCAUUUGUUAUUCUCAGGAACGAUCCCCCACUCAUUUUCUUUCUUGGUGUGUUUGACUUUUUAUUUCAAUUAGGAGAUUGUCUUAUCUUCCUUUCCUUUUAUAUUACUUAGAAGAAAUAGAACAUAUUGUAUCUUUCCAUUUUGGUGGAAUUUCGUUGGCUUAUUCUUGGCUGAAUCAGAAAGAAAAGGAGAGAGAAAAAUACACUGUCUGACAAGCCACAUCCAUGAUUUAUUGUAAGGAGAUUAUUAUAAUUGAUAGCUUCUUUAUGAUGGGGUUGCUAGUAUCAUUUGUUCUUGCUGGUCUUUUUAAAGAAACAGACUCGAACUGUUAAGACAGCUGCAGUUUCUAAAGGACUACAGUGAUUGCCAGAGAAAAGCUAAAAGGUUUCAUUGUUUUAAGACCUUUAAGGAAGGAAAAAAAAAAGAAAAACAGUAUGAAGGAGAGUGAGUGUCCAUGAAGGCAGUACUAGAUCCUACCUGGCAAUCUGGAAAACCUGAGGGAAUGUGUCUACCCGUGCAGGCUAGCAUCAUGCCGAGUUUUGUAUAAAAAGGAGGAAAGACUCUUCCACCCAGAAUUCUUCUUUAAUUAGAGAGGACUGCUGGCCUGCUCUUAAGGCCCCACUACCUUACAUGUAACUUUUGCUUUUUCACCUAGAGUAAAAAUUUAGUUCUUUGGGGCCUAGAUUUCAAUUUACCAUUGGUAUUUUUGUUUGUCACCAGGUUCGAUUCCACUGUCUUGUCCAGGCUACCUUAGUUAUUACAUUGGCAUGUGGAGUUGCCACUAAUUUGUAAUAUCUUUGGAUGGUAAAGCUUUUUCAGGUUUGAGAGGUGGUAUUAAAAUAGAAACCCUAAACUGCUCUCUUACUGAAGGGAACAUAGCCAGGCUCUUAAAGAAAACCCUUACUGUGCUUUUGAUUGUUCUGUCCCUCUUUUACCUCAUUGUGUUUUUUUCUCCAGGCCCCAGAGGACUGUUUCAGGGGCUGCCCCUCCCUGGGCAAGGGAGGCGAAAAGUAGAGGGUGCAGAGACCUUGCCAGCAGUUCAUGUAACUUGUCUGUUGUUUUGUUGUUGUUUUUAAAAAGACUUCAUUGAAUUACUAUGGUCACAUAGGUCAACUUCCUAACCUUCUUAAAACACAGCCUUACGAAGGGACCUUUUGAAGAUGGACUAUCCUAAUGAGAGCUCUGCCCAUCUGUUGAUAACCCUAACAUCAGAGGAAGGCCAGUGAGAGCCAUACAGUACACUCUUAUCUGAGACCUUCUAGUGCCAGUCAGUACCAAACAGACAUUUUGGUUUAUUUCAGCAAAGCUUGGGAUGUUGGAGUACCCUUUAAGGCAGUUUUCUUCACAAUCUUGAUCCUUUAAUUGGUAGAUAAGUGGUUACCUUCUAUCUACCUAUGGGAUCUGUACAGUUCCACACAUUUGUUGCUGGUGGGACUGCCCCUGCCCCCACAUUUCUAUAUUCCUUCACAGGAAGAAAGAUCCUGGAACAGGAAGACCCCUUUAGGGUACCUCUUCCUCUAGCUCAGUGGAGGUGACCACCUAAAAAGACAUGAAUGAGGAAGAAGCAUCUCAUAAGUCACUGAAGUGUGCAAAUCCAGUAUUCCAGUUCCUAGAUUUGUGAUGGCAGGCAGUCCAGUGAUCAGCUCUCCUGGGGCCAGAUAUCCAGAUUUUUUUUUACCUUAAAGGGGUCGUCUUAUGAAGAGUUCGCAGAUACAGCGGUUUCAUUUCUCCCUGUUUGUCCUUAUAAACUUCCCUCUUGGGUUCCAACUGUCAGGCACCAAGGGUAGACAGACUCUCAUCAGGAAUCUCCACUCACAUCCUCCGUCUGCGAACAACUCUUCUGUUUUCUUCUGGGCUCCAACAUGAAGGCCUCAUUUUGAGCUGACUUCUUUGCUGGCAUUUUUCAUUUUCCACAGCAAGCAAAGUAGGUGGGUGUGGUCCAUCUCUUCACACAAACACUCCUUCCUGUCUUGCAGUCCAUCCUUUCGACCAGCUACAUAUUCCACUGACCAGCUACAUAACAGUGGAAAUAGCCCCUUUUCCAUAAGUGAUCCCCCACCCCUGUCCUAAAAAUGUGAACUUCAAGUCCUUACUCUCUCUUUGGUCUUAAGAAGGGUUGGGUUAGAAGCAGUCUUCCCAUUAACUCAUGGCUCUGCCUUUUAAAAUUGUUUUUGUCUUUUUUUUUGUUUAGAGAACCACCAGAGAGUAUUUUUCCCCCCAAUGAGUCUCAACAGAUUCUUAGGCAAUAAUUUUUCUUGUUUUUGAUGAUCUUGUGCUCAGUAGCACUCUCCGUUGAUUGACUAGUCCUGACCCUGUACAUUGCGAGUUGGUUUUCUUUGUUAAUCUGUCUGUGACUUAAAUCCUAUGUCAGAGUGGUGAUAGACGUUGCCAUUUUGUUGUGAUUAUCAGUAAUGUUUUACUACUGUAUUCAUUGGGGCUGCCUUGAGACCAGCCAAAUCCAUUUAUAGCUUUACUGAGCCGGAUUUGUUAGUCAAGACUUCCUGAGUGAAAGUUGGGCACAUGGACCAGCUCCCGCUGGUGGUAUCUUUGUGGGGCGUAGGGGUGGGGUGGGGGGAUGCCGUGGGAGUGGGACGGGGGUGGAACUUUCACAGAUAAAACAUUCCUUUUUGUGUGCUCUCUCAAUAGCAAGGAUGUUUACUCAGGAUUUGGGGAUCAGUUGUCAGCCAUGUUGAAUUUGGCAAACUGAGCUGCAUGCCCUGAAAACCCUCUUACUGUUUCUUAAUUUCCGUAUGUCUAAUUUACAUUACCUAGUGAGACCUAAGUUAUCCAGUUGAAAAGGUAUUGCACCAUAAUGAGAACGGAAGGUUUUCCCCGGGAGGCAACUAUGAACGGCCAGGUGAUCCUGUGAGGGUUCCCCAACAGCAGCGUGCUGUCAAAGCAGAGGCCCUUUCUUUUUCUGGACUGUGGUCUCCUUCGUUAUAUGCUUUUUUCUUUUUCCAAAAGACAACUACCACUUAAGAGAUUUCCUUACCUACCACUCUCAGGAGAACUGCCAUAUGAAGGUGGUGAGAAAGGCUUUUUAAAAAGUCCAUCAAGCUUGCGAGUCUGUUUGCCGAUUGCAGAAAUUCCUCUCACAAACAGGUUCUGUUUGGAAAGGCUGUUCCUAAUUCUCUUUACUUAUAAACUGAAAGUGACGAGCCACUGCUCUCAGCAUCUUAGAGGGCCAAGGGUUGACUCCCUGAUCUCUGAGGCACAGCCCUCUUCAAAAGAUCCCAAGUUUAUAAAUUGCGAAGUUUCCACAUCAGCAUCAUUAUUCUUUUUGGUAGAGAUGAGAAAUAGCAAAAGGAAAGCUAACGGUCUGAGAAAUCCAGUUUCCUAUAACAUUGGUUUUCUUUUGCAAUCAAGAGGGGAAGAAACAGGAGAGGAGAGAGGGGAAGUUGGCUGCACCCAAGGAUCUUGCCUCCCCUUCGUACCGCCAUCCGAGAAGCUCAUGGGCAUAGCAGAUGCACUGGGACUGCAAAUGUGCCUAUCCCUGGACUCCUUUUUUUUUUUAUCAUUCUUCACAUGACACUGGGCGCCAGGCAGUGAGCAGAACUAACUCUAGCUGAUUCCAUUCCUGUGAAAGCUAACUAGCCUUUUUACACCCCUGGCAGUUUACCACACGCACCUCACACCAUCACCUCAUUAGCCAGCUCCCUGACAACACGGGAAGGAAGGAUAUGUCUGCAGGGGGCUUCGCCUUUCUCUCCCAGUGUCCCUUUUACUUCGCAAGUUUUUGCAUCACUUUGUUCCAGUGUUGUGCCCACCGGGCGGCCAGUGUAGGGCCAGCCACCGAGUGUGUGCUGUUCCCACAUGUGCCACACGCUUCCCUGAGCUGGGCGCAUGCGCACAGCUUGGCUCUCACUUCAUACGAGUACAUCUUGGGAUGCCUGCUCCCUCGACUGCAUUUUCAUUUUCUCUCUUUUAAAUAAAAGUGGCUCUACACAGCCAUAAUUAACUCUCAAAUUCACAUUGGUGUACUGUGAUCAAAUGAAGGUUUGCCUGAAUCCUUUGAAAUUGUAACCAUGGUAAUUGAGGGGGGUGGCAUAGAAUGAAUAUAUAAAAAUAUAAUGACAAUUGUUCUGAAUGACUGAGUGUCCUCCUGACAUGUAAUUAGCUGUUUUAGCAAGAUGUAGAUUGGCAUGGUCAUAAUUAAAAGGAUUUCUGUCCUUUAUGUGAUUGAAAAUGGCAGCUCUCCCAUUCCCUGUUCCCUUGUAGCACUAAAGCUCCCUGGAACAUUUGGAACAGCAACUCUGUAAACUAAAAUAAUGACAUGGUGUUUGUGUCUUCUCCUAAGUGAGACAGAAGGAUUUGGAGUUAUUUCAGCUUCAAAAUGGAAGCCUUUGAUUAUUGCUCCCCACCUGACUUCUAAAUUAUUGGAAACUUCUCUCUCACAUCCAGUUUCAGCCUGCUCCACCUCAGGCAGAAAGUCCAGUCAGAAUCCCAGACUGAGUUGGCUAGCGACGAGGCCCCCAGGUCACUUUGUCCCAGUUGCUACCCAGCAGGCAGAUUGUGUCGGCCUGACUUGAGGAAACUGACCACUUAACAAGCCCCCUAGAAUUUAAAAUUUUUUUCUUGGUCAUUUGAUAUUUCCAUUGUUGUCACCAUCAGAAAGUGUUUAUCAAACAGGAGUUUACAUGUGAGUUAAAUAGGGUUUUCCUCAUUGGAUCAUGUGACAUGAACACAUAAAUAAACUAAGACAUAUGGGCUUUAAACACCUAUGUGGCAUGAAUGGAACACUGAUAUUUGCAGUGAUCAAAAGUUAGUGGAGCCAAAGCCUGAGUUCCACCCAGGUUUUCUCACGUCACUCUUACGGCAGUUACCAGCUUCCUCUCGUCGGCAGCCUGCUGUGACCCUGAGUUUUCCCCAUUGUCCUGCUGUGUCAGUGGGACUGUCUACUUAGCCCUUCCACGUUCUCUGCCUUCCUCUUUCUUCCUUUCUUUUCAGUCCACCCUGUUCCAUCGAGCAUCAUGUGGUCUUGACACCAUACAUAAUCCCCUGCCUGAGGCCCACUGCUCUCUCCCUGUGGCCUCACGCUGGGCGGGAGCUGCAAUGUCACUACCUAGCCUUUCUCUCCAGAAUACGCUUUGUUUGGUUUUUUCCAUCGUUUGCAGAAGUCUUUAUUCAGCUACAUGAUCGAUCAAGCGUACAUCUAUAUGAGCAGCAGCACACAGCAUCUUGCCAAGUGGCCAUUCACAGCUGCUCCGUUUCCUGGCGGGCCUGCCGCUGGGAGCUUUCUUCCCUUAGGCCCGGCCACUCCAGGACUGGUUAGUAGCCACUACAGAAAAGACAGCUCUCCCUUUUGUUCAUAGUUUGCUGCUCAUCCUGACACAGAUCUUUUCCCCUCUCCUCAUAGCAGAAGGAGUUCUAACCUAGAUGCUAGUUCAACUUCAGUUUCAUGAAAAUGCUGAGGUAGGCUGCUGCUUUAGAACUGUUCUUGCGCGCGCCCCCCCCACACACACACACACACACAAUUUGGGGAAAGAUUCUGCCUUCAAGUUCUUUUACUUUUGUUCCCCUUGAAAUACCUACGGUCAAAUACAUAGUUGGGCUAGAUCAGGAAACAUAAUCCCAUAAAACGUCUUUACUCACUGCUUCUCUUCCUGUGAGAUCUGCACUCCACCCCACACGCCGGCUUUCAAGAUGCACGCACACUCACUGAGCCUUUUCUGUGGGAUCCUAUCAGUCUUCUGCCAGUUGCAAUGGCUAUGGAUUUAUGACCCCAAAGAGUAGAGUAUCCCAUCCCUUUUCUUAUUUUCCUAGCUAACAGAUAACUCCUUCCAUUAGAAUUAACCUGUCUUAAGAUUAGCGAUUCUGAGAACUGACUAGAUGAGUAUAAUUCUGUGAUUUCUGAGAUAUGCAUGCAUUAAAACAGUAAGCAGAACAUUCUAUCUGCUUACAUUUAAAGAAAAUGGAAUUAUCACUGCAGUUAAAACCUUCUAACACAAUCUACAAUUUUAGGGAUCAAAGUAUUAUUUGUGCUGCUUACGCGAUGGUGCUACUUAAAAAGACCUGGAGUUGCCAAGACACUUGCCUUCCCAGAUGUUUAAAAAGAGGCCACUUCGGUGAUUAAAAUUCCCUACACCAUAUAUUCCUAUACCAUCAGCAUCCCUUGCUAAAAGGAAAAAAAAGAAAAAAGGAAACCAAUUCACCAAACUCUGAAAAUAUAGGUAGUGUUUAGCUAUGAAAUACAUAUUUUUUGGAAGAAGAGGCCAGAAGUAAGUUAUUCUUACAGGAAACUAGAGUAAAGAUGUCAUCAUUCUAAAUCAUACAAGGACAUUCAGACCUCCCGGAGCAUUCAAAGCUCAGGACACGUGCAGCUAACAGACUGAGCACGUGCUGCCCCGGGCACUGUGCUGAGCGUUUUCCCGCCUUGCUUCUUGUAUUCACAGACCCUGCUCUGAACCGGACCACCUUAAUGAGGUCAAGUAAAUCACCUCAGUAGGAUGCUAAUCGGAGGACGGAGCACGUGGGGUGUGCCUGGCCCUGCUCUGAGUAAAUCACUGCAUUUACUGCCAUCAUCCUUCUGUGCACGUCCUUCCCCUUGACACAGGACCAUGCUGCCAUGAUCGUCCCCUCCCCUGAGACUUUCUCCUCAGCAAUGGUGACAGGGACGCAGUGAGCCUCAGCAGCUACGAUUUGAAACCUCUUGUUUCAAGGCUCCCAUCGCCGGGAAGUGAGUGUGAAGGCCUUGGCUCUUACGGGGAAGGAAGGUUACAGCAGUCUUGUCGUCAGUUCUGAGGGCGCUGGCCCUACCAGCGCUCCCCGGGCCUGGCUCCCGGUUAGCCCAGGCAGAGAAGGGUAACACCUCUCACUUCCUCUUUUCUCUGUUCAGCUCUUCCUUAGCGCAUCCUGCCUGUGUUUAGCGGUGUCUUGCUAAGCCAUUCCAACUCAUUCUGCCGUCCCUUGUCAUUGUCACAAGAAGCAGUGGGGCUGGGCCAGUACUUGCGGAGCUGGAGGGCCUGGAAUUCCGGCGUCAUCAGCGUCUGCCCUGCUGGGCUCUCUCUGGCUCCUCGUGGGCCUUAGGUGGCCCGCACAGACAGUGAUCCAGAUUUUGGCUCAGCAUAAGAACUUUCUAGUAACCACGUCCGGCAACGGGCAAGCUGCCCCAGGGCUCGUGUGGAGGCUCAGUGACUGCUGUUAGUGACAUGGGCACCCAGCUGGCCUGAGGACGAGACUAAAAUGCCAUGUUUCUCUUCCCCUUCUCCAGCUCUUCUCAAAAAUAAGUGGUUCUCCAGGGGCUGGCUCUGUCACGUCCCUGGCAGCCUUGAAGCCCAAGAGAGUGGAAGCCACCCCUGGAGCGUGGCCCCAGGAGAGGGGGCCCAUCAGGUCCACUGCCUGGGACUGAUGGUCCCUGUAACAGGCGCCUUGUUUCAUUAGCUGGCUAGCGGGCUUUGGGGUUACCCACUGCCCCCACCAGAAAACCCGCCCUGAGUGUGAAGGGAAGAAAGUAUCUGUGCCUCUGUUCCAGUUCUGAUCCAGACUUGGCACCUCUGAUGACACAGACAUUCUGCAAUGGAGACCUAACUCCACCGUCGGAAGGAGCACGUGACCCUCACCAGCCAGUAAGCAGGGCAGAGCUGGGUCCCCAAACUACCCCCGACAGCUCUUUCAACUUCCCAUCAUUUCCAGGUCAAGUUUCAAUCUCAGGCUCAUUUUUCUGGCUUCCUUCGAGCACAGAAACCUCUCUCAUUUUUUCAUCUUUACUGGAACUAAGGGCCCAGCAUAAACUUGUGAGGGUCAUCUUUCCACUUCAUCAUUCAUUGAAGCUAUUAAACUGGAAACAAAAUGACAUUAGUGCUGUAUUAAUGUAAACAGCAGCCACUCCAGUGAUAUUGCAUCCAACUCUUGUUUUUAUGCCAGAUUCUUGGGGGCGGUGCAGUACAUACAUUAGUAGAAUGGAUUGAAUGAAGGUGAGAGAGCUCAGCUGUGGGCUUCAAGAGCAUUGUUGUUAGUUGCCUUGAAAACCACAUUUCAAUAUAUUGGAAUCCGUGAACCCCUUAAGGAUGCGUCUCUGAAAAGGGGCACUGCGAAACCGAAACCAAAGUUACUGGGGGCGGGCCGGGGGAGCUGCUCUGUUCAAGCAUUGGUGACUCUGGCGAGGCUUCUCAUUACUGCUCACUGAUUUUGCCAGAACACUCCUCUUGGAAGGGCCUCUUUUCCUAGUUUUUCUCACCCCAAUAAUAGAGAGCAAGUCUGUGCAGCCUGUGCCUCACCCCCAGCCCUGCCCCGAGCCUCGCCCCACACCUGCUCUGCCUGGUCCACUCAGACGGAAAGAGAAAGGCCUCUGCUAGGCCCAGCCCCGGUUUCUUCAGCUUCACCCAGGCUGCAAGGGGGGGGGGGGCGCCAUCCCUGCCGGAAAAUGCCAAGAACAUCAUAGUUGCCUCCCCGGAAGAGCCCACAGCCUUCUCUGAUUCCCCACGGGCUCCCCUCCUUUCCACGGCCAUGGUCACUUGGGUAUGCAGUACCGUCCGAGGAUGAGUUUCUAUUUAUGUUUUUUAAGUGCCUAAGCAAGUUACAGACCUCUGGAACCUGCCAGAGAGUCGGCCUAUGCGCUGCCCCCUCCCUUCCCCCACCCUGCACUUAGCCCUGGCAGAGGGCGAGGGUGGCCGCCCCUGUCAAGGUUCCCAGCGUUCUGCGGGCAGAACACCUGCAAGGGCAAGCAGGUAGGGCAGGAGCGCGUGGCCCCUUCAGGCUGGCUUUGUCACUCUUUCCUGUGCUGCUUUUCUCGGGGUGUUUCUGUUGAUGGUGUUAUGGUCUUGGUUCAGCGAGAAUGUUAAGACGCUUGCUUAGUGAAACCUGUAGCUACUGAGGGAAGAAGCUAGGGGAGCCAGGCAGCCUCAGGGCAGCCUUCCGUCCGUCUGUCAGCAGCUGCAAAGCGCAUCCUGAUCCAGGAGGCAGAGAGUCCAGCGAUCCUAGUUAAAAAUGAUUUUUUUUUAAUGAUUUGAUGAUUCAUUUGCCAUCAUUGGUCCCUGGAACCCUGGCCGCCUCUCUGCGUCCGCUUUUCCUAUAUUUGAGGUUCAGGAUGUCUGCCCAGAAGGGCCGUCAUCCAUCGGGGCGAAGCAAGGUAGGAAGCGCAUCUUUGAAAAUGAGUGAGAUUAUUUGCUUGCUUCUUCUGUAGAGUAAUUUAAGUCUGACCUAAAUCGGGGGCCUUUACUCCGUGGUGGGUGUGCGAUGGGUUAUUUUGUGACUGCACACUGUUCACAUCACAGCAGUAAGCAACGCUCAGAUGAUUUGUCGGUGCAUUAGAAGGUUUUGCAAAAUGGAACAAUCCAUAGCCAGGCACUUUAUUUUCAUUAAUAAUCCAGCAUUUUUGUUCAGACAAUGUAAAUAACACGAACGCUGGGCAUUGACAUGAACGCGUAAGGGCACAUCUGCCAGAGGAAGUCUGCUGACUGGGAUAGAGAAGGGAGGCAGGUUGAUGCAAGUGUUCAGAUGGGGGGAACAUUGCUGUGGUGAUAAUGAAAGCAAGGCUUUUCUGGAGCGUGUGAGCGCGUUACACCAGUCCUCCAGAUGCUGUUUUCACAGGUCCUACCAAGGGCUUGUCACUUACCCCGGUUGUCAUUGAAAGAGAUGAAUGUAAGCGCGAGGGCAUGAGCUGGGGGAAAACAGUGCAAUUAGAGGCAGGGAGAGAGGCCCGGUUUCUUUCCUCUUAACUGGACUUGAACUCUCUGGCGAGCGAGCGCAGAGGACUGGGGAGAGACGCUGCGUUGUGGGAUGAUGUGCGGCUUUGUCUACCUGCUGUCGCUGUAGGGGUGGGAACAAGCUGGCGCCGCAAGUUAGAAAAAGGCGGGGAAGCUGGCCGGUCGGAAUCUGGUCAGAUCCCACGUGCAGAUGCCUGGGGCCUGCCUGGGAGUCUCAGCACCCACCAAAUCCUCGAGUGUCUGCGAGGGCCUGUGCGGGCGCCCGGCCGGACGGGCGUGGGGCAGAGCGCCCCGCCUGCCUUGGCCACCGUGUGUCUUAGUCUGUGUUUCCCUUUGGCGUCUCCUGGUCUCUGUCCCCAUCUCGUGCACCAUGUGCCCCUGAGGGGAGUCGCACCUGUGUCUGAGUCUGCUGUAAGGUGUUCCGUCUACCUCAAGGGGUCAUCAUGGUCAGCUCUGUCCCAUAGCAAUCCUGACAUCGCCACACACACUGGAAUGUAUCUCUGCCCCCGGCCCCGCCCUCCCCGUCAGUCACCUCCUGACCCCAUCUUUCCUGUAAUCACCACAAACUCCUAGUGCAAAUUGGAUGCUGCUUUAAAUGUGAAAACAAUUGUUCAAAAGCUAUAAAACCUGAAUGAAAGCUAAAGCUGAAUUUAUAAUAAGCCUUGUUGCAUAUGAGCCAAAAGUGCAAAAAGCUCUAUAUAAUGAACUAACCUGCCACUCGUAUAAAUAUAAAUAUAUAUAAAUAUAUUAAAAUCAGACUGUUCUACAAAAUUGUGUAUUUGUAUUUUUGUGUACGUACAAUUUUCUGCUAAGCAGAAGGAGGAUGUAGUAUAGGACGCUGUGAGAAGAGAUUUGGUUUAAUCCUAUUUCUUUGUUACUUAUUUUUGUUAACAUCAGAUGCCUGUCUUUGUCUUAUAUGUGUAUGACACUGUUUGGAAAGCUGCAGUAUCUCUCUUCCUUAGGUCCAGAGUCCAUUAGAGAAUCAAACCUGGGGUUCAGAGAGUUGUCCAGGCCACCAGACUUGGCCGAGUGGACAGAGAUCUGCCCCGUACUGCCCAGGAGCCGCUGGUAGUCAUGAGGCGGCACCGAGGGAGGGCAGGGCCUCUGGGAAGCAAAACCCCACCUCUAGAAAUCAGCUUCCCAAACAAAAGACUGUAGGGUCCUUCUCCCAGACUCUCCAGCGGGCCCACCAGGAGGGGACGCAGGACCUCUCUGAACUGAGGAACGGGGACCUCUUAUCUCUGGGCCGAAGUUUGCCCAGAAAGCAGCGGGGGCUCUCUGCCUGGCUGUAAUGCCAGCUCAUGGGCCGCCCCUGGGCUCCAUGCCCCUCUCUGAGGAGCUGCUGCCUUUUUCAGGUCAGGCUACCAAAACGCCUCCCCUCUGCUGAGCAGCGGGCGCUUUCCCACUAGACCUCCAGCCCCGCUCCCUGGGACAUCUCAGAACCCACUUUCCCGGUGCUAACACACACGAGGAGGGUGAGGUGGCUGCCAGCGGUGGUCAGAAACGCACCCUCUGAGAGGCCGGGCCGGAAGACAAGCUCCGUGUGCCCGGGGCAGCCAGCUCUUCCACCACGAAGGCCCCGCCCCCGCUGCCCACCCACCUGCCGGCCCCACCUGGGUCCCUCUUGACCUGAACCUUCUCUCGGGAGAGCGAUACUGCACUUUCACCUGUGGGACUCAUAUUUAUAACAAUGUGUAAUGAGAUGACUGUAGCAAGAAGCCCUUGUUUCUAGAUGUAAAUGGUCAAAGAAACAAGCGCCCUAUUGUAUUGAUUAAAAUAGUUCCAAUGAGUCCUGUAUCAUUGUAUCUCCUAUUCUGGAUUAGUGCCUUUUGGACAGUAGACUGUUCUGUAAUUAAAAUGUAGUAUAUACUGCUUUUUUGUACAGUUUUGUUUUAAUAAAACUUUUUUUUAAUUUGUGUUUAUUUUAG